AUGGGCACUCUCGGAGGCCACUACGCUGCUGCGCCUGCUCUUGUUGGGGGCGAUGGCUGCGGCGGCCCUGGGGCCGUAGACAAGGACAACAUUGAUUCCUGGACCAUCAAGGAUCAGCAGGGCAAGCUCCUCCCUGCGAGCCCAGACGUGGUCGCGCGCUGGCGCCGGGGCCUGCAGGCCUGCUUCGCCUUCGCCGUGUCGCAGGGCUUCAAACUGAUCCAUGUUUUAGGCCACGUGGACCCGCUGCACCCGGUGCUGCAGCGCCCGACCACCUGGCGCAACCUGCUGGCGUUUGGGCCGCGGCAGAAGGUGGGGCAGGCAAAGCUGAGCUACGCUGAUGUCAUGGUGACGCCGGUUGUCCAAGCGCUCAAUGCAGUGCCCUCCCACGCGUCUGUGGCGGUGUGGUUCAGUGUCUCUGGGGAGAUGGGCCUCAGCAACUUUGUGGCCGCUGAUGAAUGGAAGGGCUUGCUGGCAGAGACAAGGGCAGACCUGAAAAAGGGGAAAUGGCAGGAUGUCAAAGUCGCGACAGCGAUCAACUGGCAGAUGGUCUGCGGCUGCGUGGCGGCGCAAGACCCCAUCCCAGGGUCGUUCGACCCCCUCAGGUACAACACGUCGUUUGCGUCAGAGUUCAAGAAGGUCCAGCAGUACACGCAGCCCUUUGUAGAGCCCUUCAAGGAGCUACUGUAUGCCAAUGAUUUCAUCGGCGUCAGCGGCUACGGCUCUGGCUACCCCCUCAAGGGCCUGUCCUGGCCUGCCAUGGAGAUCCCACUGCAGACACUUGCGUAUGAGCUCGGGUUCUUUAAAAUCAGUCUCAAGGAUUUGAUGAAGGGCAAGCCUGUGGUGUACGUGGAACAGGGCCUGGGCGGUGUCCUCAAGUAUAACACCCUGCCAGCCCCAGACCUGGCGACAGUCAGCAGGUACCCCUUUUCGGGAAACUGGCCGGGCGCGUACAGCAGGGAGCGCGCCAAUGCCCCCGUGGACGAAGCCUGCCUGGCGUGGCUACGUGCCAAGCUGCAGCUUGCGUGCCCGCUCGGGGGGGCCGGUGCGUCGGAGCAGCGGGAGUGGCUGGAGGCCGCAUGGGACGAUGCAACCCACCUACCGCAGGUGUCCGCCUUUUUCACAAGCCUUAAGUCCAACCGCAUGUUCGCGGUCGUGUGGAGGCCCCAGGACACCGGGUUCAGCCUGACAGCGGAGGCGCCCAAGGCCUUCCACCGCGCCGCAUACUUUGUGAAGGACGGCGGCCGCUUCGUGACGCGUGCCAACGUGGACACAUGCGUCCACUUUGGCCUGCUGCGGGCCGCGAUGGCGGGGCCCGCGGCGGACGCCGACACCGCGGUCGCGGCGAACGGCGGCGGUGCUGCCGCUGGCAGGGACGCCGGCGGUGCAGCGGCGGGGCCGGGCGCGGGACGGGCGGCGCUGCCUGCGGGCCCGCAGGCGGCGCUGCUGCAGCUGCUGAGCGGGGUGUUUCUGCCGCAGCUGUCUGCGCCGGACGGGCGGUGGCCGGAGAGCGCGCGGCGCGAGUUCCUGUCCACGACCCACCGCUUCUUGGCCAGCCUGACAGAGGCCGUCCAUGCCGCCGGCGGCCGCACGGUCCUGUACAUCCCCGCCGGCGACGGCCUCGCGGGCCGCCCGCCCGGCGAGGCCGCGCGCGACCGCGCGCUGACUCAGCGCCUGGAGACGACGGUGAUCCACUGGACGCGCCAGGUGCGGGGUGCGCUGCGGAAGGCGGAGCAGCUCGACGCCGCGGCCGGCGGGCCCCUCGGCGGGGACGGCGGCGGUGGCGGCGGCCCCGGGAACGGCGGGCCCCUGGCGGAAAUCGCGUUCUGGCGGCAGCGCGUGGAUGACCUGGGCGGCUUGGACGCGCAGCUGGCCUCCAGGGAGGUGCGGGACGUGGCGGCCGUCCUGGUCGCCUGCGGCAGCGGCUACCUGGCCGAUUUCGAGGCGCAGCGCGGCGCGAUCGCGCGCGAGGCCGAGGCGGCGCGCGACAAUGUGAAGUUUCUCUCCUGCCUCGAGGCGCCCUGCGCCGAGCUCGUGGCGGCGGCGCCGGCGCAGGUGCCGGCGCUGCUGCCGCGGGUGCUGAGCUGCGUGCGCAUCGUCUGGUCGCUGAGCGGCCACUACAACACGCCCGCGCGCCUGGUCGGCCUGCUGCGCCGCAUCGCCGCGGAGGUCGUUGCGCGCUGCGCCGCCGCCGUCCGCGCGUGCAGCCCGCUCGUGGCCCGCGGCGAGGCGGGCGUGCGGGCGGCGGUCGCGGCGCUCGCCGAGUGCAUCGCGGCGUGCGAGGCGGUGCGGGGCUGCUACGACCGGACGGCCGCCGCCGUCUCGCGCGCGCUGCCGGCGGCGCGGAGCUGGGACGACAUCGAUGUGACGCCUGUAUUCCCCGUGGUGGAGGCGUUCCUGCAGCGCUGCCGCAACCUGUCAGAGGUCUGCGAGGCGCAGCUGCAGUUCGUCCCUGUGGCCGCGCCCCCCUCGGCCGCGGCCGGCGCCGACCAGGCCGCCGGCGCGGCGGAGGGCGCGCCCGACCGGGACGCCGGCGGCGGCGGCAGCGCGGCGGCGGCGCCGGAGUCUGCUGCGGCGGCGGUCGGCCGGGGGCUGGUGCUGCCGGUGUUUGGCGGCGCGCGGGGCGCUGAGAUGGAGAAGAGCGUCGGCGCCAUUGCGGCGUCGUUCCAGGGGCUGCUGGCGGGGCUGCGGCGGCUGGAUUACGACAUCCUGGAUGCCAAGGGGCUGCGGUGGCACGACGACUUCGCCGCCUUCAAGGCGGGCGUGCGCGACCUGGAGGUGAUGCUCGAAAAUGUCAUGGCCUCCGCGCUCGACGCCGCCCCCGGCCUGCCAGCUACCCUGGAGCUUCUCGAGGCCUACGCCCGCUUGGCGGUCCGGCCGGCGCUCAGGCGCGCGCUGGCGCGCGCGGCUGCCGCGUUUUACGGGCGCUGGGUGGCGGAGCUUAACGCGGUGAAGAAGCAGCUGGAGGCGCUGCGGCGGGCGUCGCCGAGGGGGCCCGCGCUGCCGAGAUACUCCGGCGCGGCGCAGGGCGCCACCACGCUGCUGCGCCGGCUGCAGCAGACGCACACCGCCUACGCCGCGGUCCGCCACCUGCUCCCGGAAGUCCCAGAGGCGCCCGACGUGCUGACGUCAUACGACCUGACCCACCAGAGCGUGCAGCAGUUUGUGGUCAGCAUGCACACCGAGUGGUUUGCCACCAUCGACCCGGCGCUGUCACGGGCGCUGGGGGCGCCGCUGCUGGUGCAGGACAGGGCCGACCGCGGCCUUUUGUCCGUCAACUUUGCCCGGGAGCUGCUGUCGAUGAGCGCGGAGGUGGUGCAGUGGGAGCGGCUGCGCAUGGCGGUGCCCUACGUGGCAAUGGAGAUACAGGCGCAACGGGACAAGUACAGGGCCCUGCGGGAGCAUGCACUGGCGCUGGUCCACGACUACAACCGCGUGGUGUCUGGCCUGGACGCCCGCGAGCGCGCGCUGUUCCACGACCGCCUGCGCGCGCUGGACCGGCGGGUCACGCCCGGCACGGGCAAGCUGACCUGGACGUCGGAUCGGGCGGUGCUGGAGUUCUACUUCCGGGAGGCCCGCAAGCACUGCCGCGCAACAGAGGCCGUGGUCUCCGAGUUCAAGGCCGGCGCCGCCGCCGUCGAGGCGCUGUGCCGCUCCGUGGCGGACGCGCUGCUGGUGGACGUGGAGAGGAAGCGGCUGUACGAGCUGCCGGAGUUUGAGUCGGUGCAGGCAGAGCACCACGCGCGGGCCAAGGCGGCGCUGGUGGAGGCUCACGCCGGCAUUGAGGCCGCCCUCAAAGAGAUGUACUCCGCAUUUGAGUCGGACGGGGAAGAGGUCCAGCGCGAGUGGGCGCGCUUCACCCAGCGCGUUGACCUGCGCCUGGAAGACGCCCUGCGGUCGACAGUGAAGCGCAGCCUGCAGGCCCUCAGCCGGCUGCUCAACGGGGACAGCAAGACGGAGGUGUUGCCGCUGUUCAGGGUGACGAUGGUGCUGGAGCGCAACGCGCGGGUGGAGCUGCGGCCGACGAUCCAGCAGCUCUUCGACACCGUGCACAAGGCGAGUGUCAGCCGAGACCUCAUCACUGUGCUGCACAAUGUCCCGCGCGUGGGCCGGCCCCCCACCGAGCGCCAGCGCCGCGAGGCCGAGGAGCGCGGGGAGCCCUGGCGGCCGCCGCGCAGCUUCUACGACGUGGUCAGCGCUGACGAGGACGCGACAGUCCGUGCCAUUGUCACAAUCACCACCGGCAUCACGGGUGUUUCAGAGCCGGUGCAGGCAAGCCUGGAGCACUUUGAGAAGCGCUACAGGAAGCUGUGGGAUCAGGACAAGGACGCAUACAUACGCAGGUACGAGAAGGCCCAGAAGCCGCUGAGCAGCUACGAGGCCGACAUCAACGAGUUCCUCAACAAGCAGGACGAGGUCGCCCACGAGGAGACCACCGCAAACGUAAAGUUCCUGUUCAUCGACUGCGGCCCCCUGAAGCAGGCUCUGGGGUCCCACUGCGACCUGUGGCGCAGCAAGCUGACGGGCCUGCUGAACAAGCAGGCAGCGGCCGAGCUGCGGGCGCUGCACGACACCUUCAGGUCGGGCUUGGCGGCGCUGGCGGCGGCGCCCGCCGACCUGGUGGCGCUGGCCGAGGCGGUGGCGCUGCACGGCAAGCUGUCGGAGGACAGGGGGCGUAUAGAGGCGCGCUUCGAGCCGCUCAGGGACAAGUACCGCGUCCUGGAGAAGUUUGAGGUGCAGAUCCCUGAGGCCCAGGUGGCGCUGCUGGACAGCCUUGACGGGGAGUGGGGGCGCUUCCAGAUCGGGCUGGAGGAUGCGGGCGGGCGCCUUGAGAAGGCAAAGGAUGCGUUCAGAGAGCAGGUCAAGGGCCUGCUGGAGGCGUUCCUGCGUGACGUGGCAUCCCAGGCCGAGGAGUUUGAGCGCCUGCAGCCGCUGGCGCCGGAGGGCCCCCAGGCGGCGGGCGCUGCCGCGGGCUACUCGACGCGGCAGGCGCUGGCGUUCGUGGCGCGGUGGAAGGGCAACGUGUCGGCGGGGCGCGCGCGGGCCGCGGAGAUCAAGUCUGGCCUGGACAUCUUUGGGCUGCCGGCCCCCGCCUACCAGGAGCUGACCGCCACAGAGCGCCAGCUGGACGCGCUGGGCCGCAUGUGGGGGCUGGUGGAGGAGUGGGAGGGCACCUACGCGGGCUGGAAGGAGACUAAGUUCAGGGACGUCAAGGUUGACGACCUGGAGGAGGUGGCCAGCCGCAUGACUAAGGCCCUCAUGAAGCUGGGCAAGGAGUGCAAGGCCUGGCCCGUCUGGGGGUGGCUGAAGGAGGCCCUCGAGGCCUUCAAGAGGACGCUGCCGCUGAUAACGGACCUGAGGAGCCCGGGGAUGCGGCCCAGGCACUGGCAGCAGCUGAGGGAGCACAUCGGGCGCGACUUCGAGCCAGCUUCCUCCUCGUUCACGCUGGACAGCGUCGUCACCCUCCGCCUGGACACCGCCGCUGAGUUCAUCAGCGAGCUCGCGGUGAACGCGGCCAAGGAGGCGGCCAUAGAGGCGGGACUGGCGGGCAUCGCCGCAACGUGGGGGGCGCUGACCCUGGACAUGGCCGAAUACAAGGGCACCUGGAAGCUGCGCAGCGCGGAGGAAGUGUUUGCGGCCCUGGAGGACAACAGCGUCGCGCUGUCCAGCAUGAAGGCCUCAAAGUACUACCUCGUGUUCGAAAAGGACGUGACGCGUUGGGAGUCGACGCUCGCGGCCGUGAGCGAGGCAGUCGAGGCAAUCCUGCAGGUGCAGCGGUCCUGGAUGUACCUCGAAAACAUCUUUGGGGCCUCCGAGGACAUCAGGAAGCAGCUGCCGGCCGAGACAGCGCUGUUCGAGGGCGUCAACGCGUCGUUCGUGCGCGCGAUGCGAGAGCUGCGGGCGGCGGGCAACGUGGUCGCGGCGACGACGCGCAAGGGGCUGCUGGCGGCGUUCCAGGGCAUGGAUGCCAGCCUGGAGCGCAUCCAGAAGUCCCUGGACGCCUACCUGGAGUCGAAGCGCAUGGUGUUCCCUCGGUUCUACUUUCUGUCCAGCGACGACUUGCUGGAGAUCCUGGGGCAGGCCAGGGACCCCCAGAAUGUGCAGCCGCACCUCAAAAAGUGCUUCGAGGGCAUCAAACGGCUGGAGAUGCUACCCCCCGGCCAGGAAGGGCGCAAGUGCUGGGAGUCUGUCGGCAUCACCAGCCCAGACGGCGAGCAGCUGGCGCUGGUGGCGCCGGUGGUCACCGAGGGCCGCCCCGAGGAGUGGCUGGGCCGCGUGGAGGCCGCAAUGUUCGCCGCCACGAAGCGCGCCUUGGUGCGCGGCCUCGAGGACUCCAAAGGCACGAAGAAGGAGAAGUGGGUGCGCGCCCACCCCGGCCAGGUCGUCCUCACCGCGGGCCAGAUCCUCUGGACCGCAGAGUGCGAGCGCGCCCUGGCCGACGCCGAGCAGGGCCCGCGGCGCGCGCUCAAGGCGCUGCGGCGGCGGUGGGUGGCCUACCUGGCCGAGCUGACCGGGAUGACGCGGGGGCGGCUGGAGGCUGUCGAUAGAGCAAAGGUUGUUGCCCUCAUCACCGUUGAGGUGCAUGCUCGUGAUGUCAUCGACAAGCUGGUCAAAGCCAAUGCCUCCAGCCCCUCAGACUUUGAGUGGGCCAGCCAGCUGCGGUUCUACUGGGACAGGGAUGCCAACGACGCUGUCGUCAAGCAGGUGCUGAGUGUGUUCAAUUAUGGUUACGAGUACCAGGGCAACAAUGGCCGCCUCGUCAUCACGCCCCUGACAGACAGGUGCUACAUGACGCUGGGCGCUGCGAUGUUCACGCGCCGCGGCGGCAAUCCCCUGGGCCCAGCUGGCACCGGGAAGACGGAGACGGUGAAGGACUUUGGGAAGGCCCUGGCGCGCUACGUCAUCGUUUUCAACUGCAGCCUGCUGCUGUUAUAG